CGAACAGCCUGGCCAGCAGCAGCACGUGCGCGCCUGAGGAACCAGCCAUAAGUUGCGCUAACUUUAAAUGGGCGGGGAGGAGAAACGCCAGGAGCCAUUUAUAGACUGAGCGAGUGGAGGGAGAGAGAGAGACCCAUAAGUUUCACAUACUGUCACAUGGAGCUGUGCAGAAGACCUGGAACCACGGGGACCUGAAACCUUCUCCAUUCCUGAGAGUAGAAAAGGAGAAGACCUCUCUCUCUCUCUCUCUCUCUCUCUCUCUCUCUCUACCAGACACCGAGACUGAAGACACCUUACAAGACAUCCCACUCCUCUCUAUACAUAACCUUUAAGACUGAACAUGGCACCGUCUCUCUCGGAGGCCUUUAGGAGGCGCUGGUGGAUGGCAGUGACGGCGGUGAUAGAGAACCUGCUCUUCUCCGCUGUGUUGCUGGGCUGGGGUUCACUCCUCAUCAUGCUGAAAAGAGAGGGCUUCUACUCACACCUGUGCACAGAAAAUGGAACAGAACAUCAUGCCAACAGAAGCUCUGAGGACAGUUCAGAGUGGCUGAGCUGUGUGGAGCAAGAGGAGAUUCUAAACCUCGGCUUUACAAUCGGCUCUUUCAUCAUCAGCGGGGCCACUCUGCCGCUGGGAAUCCUAAUGGACAAGUACGGGCCACGCCCACUCCGACUGCUAGGCAGUUCCUGCUUCACCUUCUCCAUGAUUCUAAUUGCUAUGGCAUCAUACGAUCCUACAGUAUUAUCUGCCCUCAUCUUCGUCGCUGUGUCCUUUAAUGGCUUUGGAGGAAUAUGCCUGACCUUUACUUCACUGACGCUUCCCAACAUGUUUGGAAGUGUGCGUGCCACCAUUCUUUCGCUCAUGAUCGGCUCCUAUGCUUCAUCUGCAGUUACCUUCCCGGGAGUUAAGCUAAUUUACGAUGCGGGUGUGUCCUUCCAUAUGAUUUUCUGGAUGUGGGCGGGUUUGGCCUGCCUCGUCUUCAUUAACUGCUACGUUAACUGGCCAGUGGAGCCUUUCCCUGACCCAGAGGCAAUCAGCUAUACUAAAAAAGUGAAGUUGAGAGGUGAAGUGACGGAAGAUAAGGUUACAGGAGAUCGCUGCUACAGUCACAUGACCACUGAAAUGCAAGAAAUCUCUAAAAAAGAGCUUUCCGAUGAACAACUACAUGGCAAUGGAGAAGCCAUGCAGAGCCAGGGCUCACCUCCGUUCCGCCGCUCUGUGUGUUCGCCGAUCUUCUUGUGGAGUUUGAUCACCAUGGCAAUGACUCAGCUCCGCAUUAUCUUCUAUAUGGGAGCCAUGACCAAGAUGCUGGAGUUCUUGGUAACUCAUGGCGACCCCAACCCUCCAGAAGAGUUGGUGAAAGAAGCAGAAGAACAAGUCAGUUUCUAUUCAUCCAUCUUCGGCACUCUGCAGCUGCUGUGUCUGAUGACCUGCCCUUUCAUUGGCUACAUCAUGGACUGGGGAAUGAAGGAGUGUGAGGAGGAGAAGAGCGUAGUGGAUGGAGAGAAAAGGCCCCCCAAGAGAGACAGAAAGAUCCAGAAACUAACCAAUGCAAUCAGAGCCUUUAUCUUCACCAACCUACUGCUGGUUGUGUUUGGCAUCAUCUCUCUAAUAGACAACUUGCCCUUACAGGUGUUGUCCUUCAUUCUUCACACCAUGGUAAGAGGUUUUAUCCACUCGUGCUGUGGAGGACUUUAUGCUGCUGUGUUUCCAUCUAACCACUUUGGCACUCUGACGGGCCUGCAGUCUUUAGUGAGCGCUCUGUUUGCCCUGCUCCAACAGCCACUCUUUGUCUGCAUGUUGGGUCCACUCAAGGGAGACCCCUACUGGAUCAACCUCGGGCUGCUUCUCUUCUCAUUGGCGGGAUUCUUGUUGCCUGGAUAUCUGAUUUACCACCGCAGACAGCUGGUUAAAGAGAAGGAGGUGCAGGACAAGGCAGCAAGUGGACACUUAGCACAGGAGAUGGUUGCCAUCAAUCAACCAGCAAACGGCGCUGCAAAGCAAACUUGCAAUGGGCUUGAUCCAGAUGAGGUUUAACAAAAAGAAAAGCAAUGAAAAAUGUGACUGUGGUGGUGGUCUUCUUUUACUUUAGAUGGAAAAAGAACACCAGGAUUCCUUUUUUUCUCAAACCAAAGCCUAAACCAAAACAAAAAAAAAAUAUGAAUGCAUGUUUUCCAGCUGAACAAAAGCUUUUUUGCAAAAUCUUUACAGAACCUUCAGAAUCCAGCCCAUGACUGGGACCAAACAAGGUCCAAAUAACAAGUCAGCUUUCUUGCUGAUAGGUGUCAAAUUGUACUGUUUGUGAAAUGAAUUGCAAAAAUGAUAUGCAUGCUCCUCAUGACCGGCCUCAUGACCGCCAGCAGGACAACAUUUAUUUCAUGUGGACUGGCUGAUAUUAUGAGCUACCUCCUUGCCACUUGAUGUCAGAACUACAAUCAUAAGCAAUUAAAUGUGCAAUAUGUGAAUUCAUUGAACUGUGUACAUUUAAAACAUUUGCUCUGCAUUAUUUAAUGAACAUUUCAUGACUGUAUGUUUCUAAAAUAACAUUUUUUUUUCACUAAGUGGCAAACAUUUUGACAUUGCUCAUUCAUCUAUGAUGGUAAAGGCAAUUGCUAAUUGCACUCUGAAUUUACUAAUGUUCUCAUUACUUUGCACUCAAAUGAUUAGUUUCACGUUAGAGCUCUAAAACCAAAACCUGUACUGACCGUAUUGUGCAACCCCUCUAAUUCAAAAGCAGAGCUGUGGAAUCUGCCUUGUGCCAUGUAGUGAGUAUACAUAUUUAAUCUAAUCUUUAUAAGAUAAAGUCUGUAUACUUCCAUCGUAAAGUACACUGGGGACGCGCACUUCAGCUAUCAGGGUUUUAUUUUAUUGCAAAGCUUUUAGAGCACUUCUUUGAUAUGCAAAUUUGAACAAAGUUGCAGCUCGCAAUUUUUUUUUAUAGAUGCUAAAAUCUGUUAAGUGAUUCCCUCAUACAGUCACUUAUAUCUUCAUGCUUUUGACAUGACAUUUAACGUUCAAAAGUAUAAACAUAAUACAGGUAAGAUAAACCAGGUAAACAUACUCUGGGUACUUUCUCUUCUUUGAAAAGGCUGCUCACAGUGCUGUAUGUAUUGUUUAUGUACCUAUCUUUUUGCUACUACAAUCAAAAGUGCUUUAACAUUGGGAGGAAACAUCACAGGUAAUCAAACACAAUGUGCUGAUUUUUUCUGUUAUUAACUUUUUUUUGUAUGCCGAUUUAUAAAUCCUUUGGUGGUUCUUGUCGCUCUGCUGGCUGUGUGCUUGUCUUUAUAAAGAUGUUUUAAGAUGUGGGGGAAAAAAUAAAGUGAAAAUAUGACUCACAAGUCAAAACAUUUA